CAGACUGACCAAGUUAAUAUUUUGCAGCUUUAAUAUUGGGAAUUGGAGGAGGUCUUUUAUUCCCAAUUAGAACGAAUCUCUAGCAACAACUAUAUCGGAAAAUCUAGAAUUUACAUCGACAUGAAAGUACUGACGCUUUACCUUGCAUGAUAGUUGGCCGUUUUGGUAGGCAAAUAAAAAAGCAAAAUAUGCAAUGUCAGGAGGAUUUUUCCAAGGGUUAAGGCUCUCCAUCUCUCUUAGGAGGUGCACAGGAGUUAAUCAGUUGGAGGAUAUAAGGUUCAAAUGAUCUUCUUUUUAAGGGCCUCUGGGCUAUAUAAAUUUGCAUGUGUGCAUAUUAUAUUGUGGCACUGGACCGCAAAAUAUAUUCACUGACAGCCGGCAUAUAAAUCGGCAAGAAGCCAGUGUUAAGAGAUAUUCAGUUUUCAGUUAUUUCUGGUUCAGAUGAACGACAAACCCUAACGACUGCGUUCAGAGACAAGACAGAGAUCUCUUCGUAAUGAAUUCUGAUUACGAUUACUUGUUCAAAAUCCUUGUGAUAGGCGACUCUGGUGUUGGAAAAUCGUGUCUACUGAUGCGCUUCAUAGACGACAAGUUCACAGAGAGUUUUAUAAGCACCAUAGGAGUAGACUUCAAAAUACGCACCAUGAAUGUGCAUGGAAAAAUUGUCAGACUACAGAUAUGGGAUACCGCAGGACAAGAACGUUUUCGUUCGAUUUCGGCGACUUAUUACCGGAACGCGCAUGGAAUCAUCUUGGUCUACGACGUCAAUUGGAUGGAAAGUUUUUUGCACAUCGAUCAAUGGCUAAAAGAAGUCGAACGAAACGCAGGAGCCAGAGUAAGCAGACUUCUUGUUGGAAAUAAAUGCGAUCUGGAAGGCAAAAGACAAGUUGAUUAUGAAGUGGCAAAAAAUUUCGCUGAUGACAUUGGGGUUUCGUUCGUUGAAACAAGCGCGAAAAAUGACACUAACGUCGACAUUGUUUUUAACACAAUGGUGGAAGAACUUAACGAAAAGUUGGCGAGUGGUUUACCUUUAAUGGCCACUUCCCCUAACAAUUCGGCCAAAAGUUUAGGUUUGAGCGACAAUCAGUUACCUGCUGAAUCAACUAGUCGGCAGAAAUGCUGUAGUUUUUCCUAAUUUUGUACAUAGUAGAUCAGUGGUCGAAUAGGAAUUACUGUAUUGUCUUAAAUAUUGUGAGAUGCCGGUCAAUGUUGAUCGAUGAGCAGAUGUUUUCGACUCUUGCACAUGAUGCUUAGUGUUUCUUGACAGCCAAGUAAAGCCCUCAAAGAGGAGAGCUGAACACAGUAUACUACAUACACUGUAUACAAAAAUGAGAUAAAUGAUUCAGUAAAAAAAGUGAAUAUAUUAAUAAA